UCCCACGUGUGUAUGUGUGUGCUGCUGCCACUGCGGGCUCUCUUCUGCGCUCCACUGUCCAGACAUGGCGGAUCAGGAGUUGAAGGAACAGGAAACUCCUAAAGUGGAGAUCGUACAAAACGGAGAUGCAUACGAACCCAAAGAGGAGUCCGAGCACGUCGAUGAGGCCUCAAAGAAAAAGAAGAAAAAGAAGAAGAAGGCUAAAACUGCGGCCGUAGGAAAUGCUAAUGGAGAUGGAGACCUUGACAUAAAUAAAGUGGCAAAACAGUUGGAGCAGCAAGCGUUAAAUGAUCAAGAAAAGGAAGAGGACGGCGAGGAUGAUGGUGAGGAUGGUGACACAACUGGAAAGAAGAAGAAAAAAAAGAAGAAAAAGAAGGGAUCCAAGGUGCAGACGGAUCCUCCAUCUAUUCCCAUCUGUGAACUUUAUCCUGGUGGAGUUUAUUCCAAAGGGCAAGAAUGUGAAUACCCACUUUCACAAGAUGGGUGCAGUGCAUCAUGGAGAAUGAGCAGUGAAGAGAAGCGUGUGCUGGAUCAGGCUAAUGAGGAGAUGUGGAACGACUUCAGACAAGCAGCAGAGGCUCAUCGGCAAGUCAGGGGUUAUGUCAUGAGCUGGAUUAAACCAGGCAUGACCAUGAUCGAGAUCUGUGAAAAACUGGAGGACUGCUCAAGAAAGUUAAUUAAAGAGAAUGGACUGCAUGCCGGCCUUGCCUUUCCCACUGGAUGCUCCCUCAACCACUGUGCUGCCCACUACACUCCCAACGCUGGCGACCCCACGGUGCUCCAGUACGACGACGUCUGCAAGAUCGACUUUGGCACACACAUUAAUGGUAGAAUUAUUGACUGCGCCUUCACCGUCACCUUCAACCCAAAGUACGAUAAACUCCUGGAGGCUGUUAAAGAUGCUACAAAUACUGGAAUUAAGUGUGCAGGAAUUGAUGUGCGUCUUUGUGACAUUGGAGAAGCCAUUCAGGAAACAAUGGAGUCCUAUGAAGUGGAGCUAGAUGGGAAAACAUAUCAAGUAAAGCCAAUCCGGAAUCUAAAUGGACACUCAAUUGGACAGUACAGAAUACAUGCUGGAAAGACUGUCCCCAUUGUCAAAGGUGGGGAGGCGACCAGAAUGGAGGAGGGAGAGGUGUAUGCCAUUGAGACAUUUGGAAGUACAGGAAAAGGCAUGGUGCACGAUGACAUGGAGUGCUCACAUUAUAUGAAAAACUUUGAAGUUGGACAUGUACCUAUCAGACUCCCAAGGGCCAAGCAUUUGCUGAAUGUUGUGAAUGAAAACUUUGGUACGUUAGCAUUUUGCCGCCGCUGGCUAGAUCGUCUGGGUGAAAGCAAGUACCUAAUGGCACUAAAAAACCUUUGCGAUCUGGGCAUCAUCGACCCAUACCCACCUCUUUGUGACACCAAAGGCUGUUACACUGCUCAGUUUGAGCACACCAUCCUACUGAGGCCAACCUGCAAGGAGGUGGUCAGCCGUGGUGAUGAUUACUAAAGCCUGUGCUCACCAAUUUCUCAAAUUUUCACUGAAAAGUCACCUGAUGUGGUUCAGUAUGCUGGACCGGGGCUGCAUGCAUGCCCACACAAGCUUGGGCCUGUUGAGGUUGAGCAUGAUGGUAACAUUAGUUUACUGGAAUAACACUCUGAGGUUCUGGCUUUCUGAAUGCAAAUCAAAUUUUAGGGCUUACUGCCUUGUGCUCUAACUGCAUCUACUGAGCAUGUUUAUAAUAAGUGUAAGAUUUUGAAAAAUUGGUGGACUUCUCUUAAUGUAUAUCCCACUUAGCCCAGGGAAGAUUGUUAAAACAUAAUGCAAAAAUGUAUUAAAUAGUGUAAAAAGAACUUCAUAUUCACUUAUAAGCAAAUUUUCUAUUCCUAAUGCUGGUGUCAUUUUUUUUCUUCAUUUUAUUUGUUUCCCUUAUUCGAUUGAGUUCCUUUUGAACCAUGGACAGAGUCGUACUGCAGAAGCCAAGUUGUUUUAAUUACCAAACACAGGAACAAGUCAGUGUGCAUAUGUCUUUGUUGGCUAAGGAAAAGGCAAUCCUGUUCUACCUUUGAUUCAAACAAGAUGCAUUUUACCUGCUAGUCCUGAUAUGUUUAGUUGUAGCUGAGCUUUGUUUGUCACAUUUCUCUGGGUAAAGCACAAAGCUGUUUUAUUUUGAACUGCUAAUAAAACUUGUAAGAAAUUACUUAACCAAUUAGUUAAACUUGUUUAUUAAAAUGUAAAAACUAUUAAUAUUCAAUUAAAGCCACACCGUAUGAUCAUCUUUA